CCACCCUCGUGCUGCUCUGCUCCGUUCUCGUCUGUCUCCUGAUGACCCGACCGACCCACGCCGAUAUAGGCUCCUGCGUCAGAAACUGCGGCCAGUGCAAGAGCAUGUACGGCCGGUUCUUCCAGGGCACCGCCUGUGCGGACGCCUGUCUGGCCGGAAACGAGGGCCCCGACUGCGUAAACCCGUCCAUGGUCUCGCGCUUCAUGAAGCGCCGCUCGGCACCGCUUGCUGUUCAGGACGCGUCCUCCGGUGGCAAAUACGAGUACUACGGUCUGGACGGCCAGCCGGCGGUCCCCGGAGCGUCAACACUCCUGUAGGAACCGCGGCAUGUUCACGAUCUCGUCACGGGCGUCAGCCAGUGCCUGGGACUUCUCAUCAGCUGCCUUUGUCACUAGCUGCCAGACCGUGCAUAUGAUCUCGGUGUACAGUCUGUCUUGAAAGUACCGCAGCAUGGGCUGCGGCGGCCCGGCGAACUAAAGGUCGGGAGCUCGGUGGUUUGAGAGCCCCAGAGCACGUGACGGCAGUGAGCCAGGAGAGAGUGACCGGGCAGGUCGCGUGGGGUGCCGCUCUCCCUUACUCUUUCCACCCCGCUGCGGCGCCUGUCGCCCGGGGGCACGGGCCGUCUGCGAGCACGAGUGGAGAACUUGACCGGCCCGGCCGAUCCCCCGGUUGCCGGUUCACCCUUGGAACUGUUUUAUUCUCGACGAAAAGACAGACGUAGCCAAUCUAAAGGAUGAGCGCGACUGCUUGCAUUGUUAUCAGAACAUGACACAUAUUGAACAAUAAGUUACGAUCAUGGAACGGAACAGAAUAAAUGUGAAAAUCUCAGAACUAUGGGUUAAAAGCUGAUCGAUUGAUCCAGUAACUUAGGAUAAGGUAAUUUGUUUCGGAUUUAUUAAUGCGAGAUAAAAAAGAAAUCCCAUUCUCACCACCCUUGUUGAGGUUGAAACACGAAAAGCGAAAGCCAAUGGAAGUAAGAUGGAAUGGAAACCUUUUGCGGCUUUUGCUCAUAACUAAAGGAAGCCAAAGCAAAUCCUACACUUGGGUGUUUUUCGUCUUCUUUUCUUCCAUCUCAUUACAAGGAGUAGUAAAGUAGUCUUGGUUACAAGUAUAAUCACUAUCAUGCCAAAAAAGUUACGAACCAUUCAAACUAUAGACCACCAAUGGCUGCUACAUAAAAACAUCACAAAAUAACUAGCCCAUUAUACUCCUUUGUUUCCUAUCCAUAAAACUUGCAGGCAAAUAUUUUCUUUUUUACGAUCGAAUGGCCAAGCAAUUGUUCGUAGCGCCUACUUCCAGGUAGAGGAUACGAUCACUUUGAUAAUUGUAUACCAAACACGAAUUAUGCGGAUUUAUGCGGGAGGUCACUGAGAUAAUGGGUAUUAACAGGUAGCGGCAUA